AAACCGUCAACGAACGCAGUCGACAUCGACAUAAGUGAAAAAAAAUUACAAGUGAACAACGUCGCACAUGCAAGAUUACAGAGCAGUGGAAAAUCGUCUAUUUAGCAGUGAAAAUGUGCUAAAACCAGCUAAAAAGUAGUUCUAACUGUGCUCAACCGAAGCACCAUAACAUUGUGCAAGCCACAGUUUGAAACUAGACAUCCCAACAGCAAAGUGUGGAAGAUAAGCAAAAAGAGUGUUUCAAUUUGUGUGUAACCGACGUGGAGUAAUUUUCCCAUUCGCUCUUCAUUGGCGGAUCACAAGUGGCAUUAUACUGAGUGUUUUUGUGAAAAGCAGUAGAGUAAAUCCACUCCCCCCAGGCAGUGACAUUGUAGUGCAAUCAUGGCCGCGGCGGUCGAUGCAACAGCCUCGGACAAGCGGGCUAAGGAGAUUGAAACCGAGUAUCUGUCCAGUCUGGCGGAUCUGAACGUCAACAGUAAACCGCUGAUCAACAUGCUGACGCUGUUAGCCGAGGACAACCUGAACUAUGCGACGAUCAUCGUGAACACCAUCGAGAAACGUCUUGCCAAGGUUCAGGCGGAUGCUAAGCUACCUUUGUUGUAUUUGGUCGAUUCCAUCGUCAAGAACGUCGGCAAAGAGUAUCAAUCGCUGUUCAGCCAGGUCAUCGUGAGUUUGUUCUGCGGCGUCUUCGAAUCCGUAAAUGAAAGAGUUCGUGAAAAAAUGUUCAGUUUACGCCAAACUUGGAACGAUGUUUUCCCACAGUCCAAGCUGUACGCGUUGGACAUUAAAGUCAACACCAUUGAUCCGGGUUGGCCGAUCACGGCGCAACUGAAAUCAAAGUCACCUGCCAUUCACGUCAAUCCAAUGUUCCUGAAAAAUAAGGUCGCUGAACCAAAUCUGGACAUGCAACAGCAGCUUCGCGAUAAACAACGUGAACUGCUAGAACUUCAAGCUAAAAAGCUUGAACUGGAGCUACUAGCUACAAAGAAACGAAUAGAAGAACAGGAAAAACAGCUGAUACUGCAAACGGCCAGUGUUUCGAAAGAGACUGCCCCAGAUUUCAAACGAGCCGCCCCUGUAGGUCGCCAACCUGCACAAUCGGGAACUGCCCCGCGCGGUCGCAUUGUACCUCCUAAUCAGGCGAUGAUCAAUAUGGUCAAAUCGCGUGACCCUCGGCUGGCACGCCAGCAGGCUCAACUUGCAGCUCAAAUGGCAGCUGCCAGCACCAAUUCAACACCGACAGUGGUCGCAGGAGUUCAAAUCCCCCAUCAACCGAUUGCGUUUGAUCCAUCGGGCAAACCGCUUAGCAUCAGAGAACGCCUUGGCAGAAUCCCCAAACGAGUCAACCCCCAAGUAAAAGCAUCACCGACUGAAGCAGCAGAUCAGCCGAAGAAAGUAUCUAGUGCGGUUGGUAGCAGUACCAUAUCAUCACAAAAAACGCGCAGUGAGUACGAUGCUACCAAAAAGCGAGACAAAAAAGAAGAAGCCAAAACAAGCAAAAGUUCCUCCGGUAAACAAUCCAGCACCGACAAAAAGAAACCUACCGUCGACUCGUUGUCGCCGAAAAACAGUUCUCCCUCCAAAAAGAAAUCUACUUCACUGGAAAAGUCACCUUCCAGAAGCGAAAAAACUUCCCCGAAACCGCGUGAAGGCAAAUCUAGCAAAGGCUCUAACAAAAGUAUUAGCCGUCGUGUUCGCGAUUCUUCAAAAAGUCCCGACAAUUCUUCGAUUUCACCCGUAUCCAGCAGUGAGAAUCUAAUUCCCAUUGCAAACGAGUCCAAGGACGUGGAUCUCCGUCUGCUGAUACCGGAGAAGAAAAUGAAACUGGAACAGCCGCAGCCACCUCCACAGGAAAACUUAGUUAGCAAACCUCUAGCCGAACAAAAGAAAGCCUUGGGAGAAGCACAUGAAAUAGACAAUGUGCCAGCAUCGAAGGAUGUAGAUCUACGAAUUCCUCCCCCAGCGCUGCUGAAAACUGUCGGUGCCGAGAGCGUCCCAGCUCCAUCUGUGGCAAUACCAAAAACUGAGCCUGUUCCUAGUGUGGAGACUUCUUCCCCUUCACCACUCCCACUAGUGGUGAUUCCAACGGAUAGCAUCAAAAAGCGACCCAGCAAUCACAAACAUGAGGAACCAGUUGCUAAAAAAAGCAAGUCGGAAAAAAUUGAUAUUCUGUUUGGUGACGAGGAUGUAGAUCUGAGAAAACUAACGGCUCCGAUGAACGCAGUUGAAGUAUCCACUCCGUUACCUCCACCUCCACCAAUAAUAUCGGAAACACCGCCACCAAUAACUGCUGCCACUAUCAAGCCCGAUCCCGUGGAAAAGGGAAAUUCGUCUCCAUCGUCAAAAGCUGCACUGGAGGCAGUCCGCGCGAAAAUUGCGGAAGCCGCAAAGAAAGAUCGCGACAAGCUUGGACGCCCAUUGUUGUACAAUAAAUUGCCAGAGGAUCCAGUAGAACGUCGUCGUUCCAUCAGUCAACCCAAACCGAUGGAUGUUGACCUACGGCAGCAACAGCAUCUCAAUUCGCAGGACGUGCUUAACGAUGAUAAUUCGCAGGAUGGAAUGAACGCUAACAUCAAAACCAUCAUUGCGCAGGCACAAGAUCAGAUGGAAAAGGGUGAAAUCACUCCAGAGCAGUACAACAUUCUGAUGAAACAAGUGAUUCAACUUAACGAAACGCAGAAGAUUCGCCAGGCGCAGCGUAUGGAGAUGAUGAAGCGUAACAAAACGGCAAUCGUAGGGGGAAGUGCAAAUGGUCCAGACGAUGUAGUUGUAAUUAGUUCACCGAGAGACGACGCGGCUGUCUCCAGUCCAAUUGCCAACGACGAGGUAGAGAUCAAACCACAACCUGCAGUACCCAUCGGACCUAUGCCAAGGAAUGAUUUCCGUGGUAAAAUUGCACCGAUGGAAGCUAAAUCCAAUUUCACCGGUGCUGUUCCCGAUUUGCGGCAAAGAGAUCCACGUCGUGUCAGAGAAAGUCGCUUCAAUCAACCGCAAUGGGGCAAUAGAGGUCCUUUGCCUGGUCCUGUGGCGAUUGCGCCACCUGGUCCACCAAUAAUGAACCAGCGGCCACCAGCUCCAAUGCUGAAUCCAUGGGAACAAGCUCCGUUUCCGAUGGUGGAUCCUAAUAUUGUUGCACCUAUGAUCGGACCUCGGUUCCCGCCUGGUAUUCCUGGCCCACCGGUUAUGCCAAAUGGACCUCCACAACCACCGAUACUAAUGCCGGUCCCUCCCAAAGUUAACGAGAGCGUCCGUACGAUCAACAUCGAUGGAAUUCAGCGUGAAAUACGAUUCUACGAUGAUAUUGCAGUUAUUUUCAUGAGUUGGGAUGAACCCAAGGAGAUCGGGUUUCAGAAAGGCUCCCGAAUGGUUAUCGUUGAUGAUCGUGAUUCAUUUGAGCUGAGCUUCAACGAGUGCCACAAGUCCAUCACAAUCGAUGGCAAAGUUUACCAAAUGAGGCUAGGAGCUCCAACCCGAGAGUUAUACAUUGAUAAUACUUGGUAUGAGUGUUACUUCGGAGAUCCACCAACAACGAUCGUUUUGGACGGAUUGAGUCGAGUGUUCAAAAUCAGUGGCCCACCACCUCAAGUGAAGAUUGGAAAGAGCCGAAAUGAUCUAGUCGCUGGCAAAAUCAAUAUGAUAGUCAAUGCGGAAACCAUAAUUCCCGUGUUCUUGGACUCACAGGUACAAAUAAUCGAAAUUCACGGUCAAAUGCACAAGCUGCAAUUUGCCGAUUUUCUGCUCACCGUUAUCAUUAACGAUCAGCCAUUUUUGGUCGAAUACGGUGGACUACCCAAAGUGUUCAAACUAAGAGGAAAAGACUAUUACAUCCGUUUUACGGCGGUUCCAAAACUAGUAGUGCCAGGACGGGUUUACAUCCGAGAUAUGGUGCGGACGCCACUACACCGAGAUCUGCGUACUCCACCGCGUGACCAAAGCAUGAUGAUGCCUUUCGUUCAACCAAUAGGCAACAUUAUGCCUCUGAUGCCGGGUCCGCCUUCUGUACAUGGCAUAUUCCCGUCUUCUUCUAUCAUUCCGCCACCACCGCAAGCUCCAAUCCAACCAAUGGCUGGAUUGGAUUAUCUCACAAACCUGAUGCCACAUGCAUCGACUGGAGUUAACGUUUCCAACAAUUUAGCCGGGUAUCAGAUUCAAUCCGAAGACAAACCAGUCGUUCCCGUGUCGACUACGGCACCACCACCAGCUGCCGCCUCUAAUUCUACGGGUGGAAUGAAUUUGCCAAUUCUACAGAAUAUAAACAUUGAUGAAUUGUACAAAAAAAUUGUCGCAGCAGGUAUUUUGGCAAAAACCAAUAAUCCUCCAGUCAGUGCAUCGUCUUCUUCCACUUCUGUGGCCAGCAGAUUGGAUAAAGCACUGGACGAAGAUCUAGAAGAGAUAGACCCAGUGUAUCUGAGCAAAUCAGACACUUUAAAACGCCGUCAAACGGCAAUCGUGGCUCAACUUUUCCGUGGAAUGCAGUGCAGCAGCUGUGGUGUUCGGUUUCCUCCGGAGCAAACAAUGAAAUACAGUCAGCACUUGGACUGGCAUUUCCGUCAGAACCGCCGCGAUCGUGAUUCCGCCCGUAAAGCUCACUCUCGAAAAUGGUACUACGAUGUGUCCGACUGGAUUCAGUAUGAGGAGAUUGAGGAUUUGGAGGAGCGCGAGAAGAACUGGUUCGAAACCCAGCAGACCGAGCAAACCGAGUUCAAUGGUGAUGGUGAACAGGGUGGUCGUAGUGCUGAAUCUCCACUACCGAGUUGUCCGGCAGGAUCGGACGAAAUCGACAAAAGGUGCCACAUGUGCCAUGAUGACUUCGAGCAGUUCUACAACGAAGAGACCGAAGAGUGGCACUUGAAGAACGCGAUCCGCGUAGAUGAAAAUACCUAUCAUCCGCUGUGUUACGAAGACUACAAGGCUUCUCUAACGCUGGACGAAUCGGCGAUGAAUGCUACUACUGAUGGUGAUCAAAGUAAAAUUGAUGAAGACGUCGAAGAAGUAAAAAUCAAAUGCGAAGCGAUUAGCGAUGCAGAUGAUAGCGUUAAAGAAAUCACGAUAGACGAUGACGACGACGUCAUUGUGUUGCCACCGAGUGAGGAAGUUGUAACCGAAAUUCCCGACGAUGACGACCACGAAACAUUGGAUUCGCUACCGAAGUCGGAUACCGCUGUCACCGAAGAUGAAAAUAGCAAUAAGCUGGAUUCGGCAGCAAGCGAAACGGUCGUCGUCGCACCCCAAGAGCCAAAAAUUACAGAGACACGCAUCGAUGACGAUAUUACCAUUCAGGAGCCCACAAUUGAGAAAAUCGAUGUGAACGAUUUGGACGAGAGUGGACCAAUGGAUGAAACCUCGCAAACGUCGCAGUUUAAAGUGAAGGAAGAACCGAAAGAUGAUGAUGAAGUCGACGAAGAGGAUGCACUUUUCGAGGAUGUUGGCACGAUCGAAUCGGCAGUUGUCCAGGAGUCGACCAAAGAGAUUGAAACGGUUGAUGUUGAAGCUGUGCCAUCGCCAUCGGGCACGCUGGAAAGCACCAGCCAGGUGCAUCUGAAACCAUCGCUUGAUGGGAACGAUGACAUGCAGGAUACCCCCGCCUCGGGGUUGUUCACCAACCGGAUUAAAAUCAACAUCACCAAAGCAAAAACCACAACUAACACCACCAAUAGCAGCAGCACUACUACGACCAGCAGCAACAUCACCAACAACAGUAACACGGGUAGUAGCUCAACACUCGGAUCCAGUAUUGCAGUUCUCAUCAGCGGCGGUGGCGGUGGUGUUGGUUACAACGAAAACGGCAACGACGACCUACUGUACAGCAAUCUGGAUGAUGUGCAUGGUCACAACGAGAACAGCCAGAACAGCAGCAAUCAAUUGAUAAUGAUGAUGCAUGAAGAAGAACAAGAUAAUUCUAAUAAAGGGCCGGUCGCGACGACCAGAGAAGAACCGACUGAUAUUGCGUAUGAUUUGAAGCCGAGCUUGCAGGGUAUAGAGUUUACCCGGCAGCCUCGCGUAGAGAACGGACUUGACACAUCCGGACUUUGCUCGAUAAUGUAAGACAAGCGAGAAUGAAUGAAUAUCUGAAUUUGGUACUUGAAGAGUGAAAAAGAAGUCUAAACAAUGUGAUAUAGAGCCGUUACCCGGAAGAAAUGACCUACCAAGCAGGUUUCAUGAAACGGGUUUUUGGCUUUUUAUAAAAAAAACUAUUAGUGUAUAUUGCUAUAGGUUAAUCGGUAGCUACAGAGAACUGUUUCAUUUUUGGAGAAAAAGUUCAAAUCUCUCAAAACGGAACAUAAAACUAUCGAACUGAGAGUGUACAUAAAAUCACAUUUUUUAAUUGAAGUUAAGAGUAGAACUAAGUUUUGUAGUUUUGAAGAAACGAGAAUGGAAAUAAAAUUAAAUUUAUCCCUUUUCUCCCUUCCCAAUCAAAACCCGACAAACAUGAGAAAAUGGUUCCUCCAAAACGGUAAAGUAGCAUUUGGUACCGAAAUGCAAUAAAAUCGAAAACUUCAGUUUACGUUGCUUAUAAUUUUGUAUAAAAGAAACGAACCUUGUUAGAAAUGAACAAGUAAUGAUAAUUUGUAUGAACAUUUUUCUUGUGUUAGAGAAUUGUUGCGAGGGAAGAUUAUUUCAACAAUUAGGAACUGUUCGGUUAGUCAUUCAUUUUUAUUUAAUUUCCUUUGUAAAUGAGUUGUUUAGCCAAAUAUUAUUGAAGAAAUGGAUUACUUUAUUUUCAUAAAACGAUGGGUGUUUUGCUUAUUUAAUAAUGGAACUCGUGCAACACUCCAGGAUGAUCCGGAGAAUGGAUGGCGCUGCUGUAAACAAUAAUACCAAUCAAAAUAAAAACAACAUGCGGCAAAAUAUAAAAAUUGUCUAAUUGUUCAAUAUUUUUGCGAAAUAAAUAAUGCACUAUUGGGAAAAAUAAAUUUAUUACUGAGAAACACUAACCGUAAAACGUAGAAAUGUAUAAUCACUUCACACUUAGUGCGUACAUAUUACAUAAUAAAUCUAUAGAGUAUGUGUAUUUCUUUCAAGGGGUUUGAAUAAAUGCUUCUGACAAAUAAAA